GCACCUGUGCUUGGCUGUCAGACUGUUCAGAGGGUGACUCUGUUUCUAUCUCUGCACAGGAACAACGGCUCUGACAAAGGUUUCCCAAAGCUGCCCAGGGGAGCCCAAAUGUCGAGGCAGGAUGGAGGAAAGCUAUGAGACAUUUGAGGAGGAGUUAGGGCCACAAAGAGCAGAUCCUCCUCCACAGAAGCCUGUUCGACAGAUCCGCAGACCAGAAAUGUACAGCACCAGGAAAAUCAGGGAGGAAAUAGCUACAGUUCCUCUACAAAUAAGGGCAGAAACAAAGACUUUACCAAGAGAACCUACCUUCACCAAGACAACAUCAUUGCAUAAAAGUUUUACUGUCCAGAAUGUGAGCCAGACUGAAACACCAUGGGAGAACGUUACUCUGAACCGCUGUCUGUUUGUAGCCAUUACUAUCCUGGUGCUCACCUCAGGGUUUCAGAAACUUCAUGAAACCUUGCGUGGUCAAGGGGCAGCAGAGGAGGAAGAGGAAGAUGUUGGACUGACAGUGAGAAAUUCAGGCUCAUUGCGACGUAGAGCAUAUUUACCAGAGCCUGAGACAUCACUAUGGGAAGUCAUGUUUUGGUGGCUGCCAGACCUUGAUGAUGAAGAUGAUGAGGAGGAGGAGGAGGAGGAGAAUGAUGGUGAAGUAAUAAAAGGGGAGUCAAAGAAAGCAAAAGGACUGAGAGGUCUCAGAAACAAACCGCUGCCAGACAAGACACUUAUGAAGAAAAGAGCUGGGAAAUCACGAGACAGGAGAGGCAAGAAAACUACAGAUGAAGAAAUCAGCAAAGAUAAAAAGAGAACAAAAAAGGAGGAACUUGAAGAAGCAGGAAAUAAUGAAAAUGAAGGUGAAGAAAAUGAGCAGAAAGAGUCCAAGAAGAACAAGAAGUUGGAGGGAAAAAAGGCUCAGAAAGUAUGAGAUGAUGAUUCUGUCUCCAGUUUGUAAAGUAGGCUUUGUUCAAACUAAAGCCAUGAGUGGCCCCUACUGAUUUACUGGUUCAUAUGUGACUCAGAUGGUUUUUUUUAUUGUAACAGUACAAACAGCAGAAAAGACUUUUCAAUUCUUAUUUGGACCAUUUUCAUAUGUGGUCAUAAAUCAGAUACAGGCCUAAUUAUUUGCAAUAGACCCUCAGUAUGUACAGAUGUAAUGGAAGUCAUAUGACACCAAAUUGAAACUGGUCACAUUUCUGCACUGGUGGGAAUCCUUCAGUAAAAACAAAUAUACCAGACAACUGUGACAGAGGUAGUCAGUGAAGGGGAUGCUUGGUAUUUGAGUAAAGAUUUGGGGUGACACUUCCAUACAGGCAAAAUUUGUACGGAAGUGUCAUAUCACCCAAAGUCUAUGCUUGAAAGCACCAAAUGAGAAGUAGUUCAGAACAGUGAUCAGUUUAUUUCACCCUGGCAUCUGCUGUUGGUACAAUUUAGAUAAAAGUGAACCACACAAUAAGCACCAAGACUUGCAAUAGCCCUAAACCCAACUACAGUAUGUUGCAUCAUUUAUUAAAAUGUACUGAAUUCCAAAAGAUUUUCUGCUGUAGCUCUUUGUCAAUACUGACAAUAUAUGUACUUAAAAUUAAAUGACUGAGCACAGUGCAGCUUUUGUUCACUCAGCCAGAGGGAAACAACUAUGUUUUGGAAAUGUAAUUCAUCACUAAACUUGUUCGCAUAAAAAUUAAAAUGCUGCCUCACUGCUGUCA